CCAGGCUGUUACUAAAGGCAGGAAGGGGGAGAUUCCUGUUUGAGGAAGGGGACGGACAGGGACCCUGGCUUUUCUUGGAUUCGGUUCCACUUGUCCUGGAUUUCGGCAGUGGUAGUGGUGGGGGGAGGGAGGGGGGUGUUGGGAGAGCGCGUGGGCAGUGGUAGGAGGGUCGCACAAAGACGGUGCCAGGCUGGAACGAGAGUCGUCCGAGGAAGAGAUAAAAGAGAAGGAUCCCGUGGGGUGGGGGUGGUGCAGGGGGCAGCGGGGAUGUGCUGGCUGGUGUUGGUUGUGGUUGGUGGUGGUGGAUGGGGUUGGGUUGUAGAAAUUCCGGAAAGGUGAACAAAAAAAAACGGAUGAUGCCACUUGGCCGUCUCGCUGUCCCUGGGAAGAUGUCCGGUGGAUGUUUAUCGCUGGGAAACAAACAACAACUACAAAAAAAAAAAGAUGCUGUUGUCCUGCCUCUCAAGUUUGAAAUGAAAAGGCUUCUCGUUCUCGCUGUCUUUCUCUGUCUCUCUCUCUCUCUCGCUCCCUCUGUUUUAUUCUUCUUGUUCUCCCCUGUUGUUUGCUGUUUGGCACUGUAUUGACUGGCAAGGGAACAGUUGAGCACUGAAUAGACCAAAGACUGGCACAGGCUGGAGGGCUGCCAAGGCUGACUGGGAGAGAUGCCGGCUGCAGAGAGCUCUGUCCCCAGCAGUUUUCCUGCUGUGCAUCAUGCCAGCUGGGGGUGGUCAUGCUUUAAAUCAAACUGAGAGAUUCAGAGGUCAGCCUUCUGUCCAGCAACACUGACCUGGCGGUUUGUCUCCGUUCGGCCUCCUCAUACUAAGACAAGUGAAAGAAAAGCACGCAGUGAGUGGCCACCCCACUGUUGAGCCGUUUCCUGACGGGAUGGAGCUGGUCAUGUUCGGUAUGGGCUGUUUCUGGGGUGCUGAACGGAGGUUUUGGAGGACGCCAGGUGUAUUCUCCACCCAGGUCGGAUAUUCUGGAGGAAUCACGCCCAACCCCACCUACGAGGAGGUGUGCACAGGGCUGACGGGGUACACUGAGGUGGUGCGCGUGGUGUACGAUCCACAGACUGUCAGCUUCGCGGACCUGCUGAAGAUCUUCUGGGAGAGCCACAACCCCACAGAAGGAAUGCGCCAGGGGAAUGACGUUGGCACUCAGUACCGCUCCGCCAUCUACACUUACACCCCCCAGCAGAUGCAGGAGGCGCUGCGGACCAAAGAAGCCUAUCAACAGGUGUUGUCUCAGAGGGGCUUUGGGCUGAUCACCACGGAGAUCCGGGAGGCUCUGGAGUUCUACUAUGCGGAGGACUAUCACCAGCAGUACCUGCACAAGGUCCCGGGGGGCUACUGUGGCCUGAAAGGCACAGGGGUGAGCUGCCCCACCACGAUCAGCAGCAGGGAUGAGCUGUGAAGAAGAGACACAUCCUGGCUGUGAGACCAGCCUGACCAGUCGCACCAGUUGCCAUCCUGUUCCCACUUCUUGGCUGAUGUUCUAGAAUGUGUACGGAUGUUCCAUGGCCCCAUGUGGUUACUGUACUCUGUGUCAGUGUCUGCACAUCUUUUGUGACCAAUUGACUUGCUAACUUUGAGCAAACUCUGCAGCAAUGCUGUCAACUGGGAGCAAGAGGUCUUCCCAGUUUACUGUCUGUAGGGGUUCUCCUCAAGGAUGCCUGCUUCUCCCACUGUGGUUUUCAUCUUGAGUUAUACCAUCUCAAGAUGUCCGUCAAUCUAGAAUUUCUACUUUUUUGCUACUACGCUCUGUGGAAGGCCUGGCUUUGCUACACAAAUAAAUCUUCUCUUCCUUUUUUUACCUUCA